AGUUUUUUUUUUUUGCUUGUCAAAAAUGAAGAUUUUUUCAUCUUUGAGAAUUUGUAAAAUUAUUUUAAGAAUCUCUUUUGUUUUGCUUUCCAACUUAUCCAUUGAUGCCCAAGAUUUACAAAAAUGUUCCCACUUUCUAAAACGAGAAUCAUUUCCACCUAACUUUUUGUUUGGAGCUGGAACUUCUGCCUUACAGGUUGAAGGAGCAGCUCAUGAAGGAGGAAGGGGACCAAGUAUAUGGGAUGAAAGAGUUAAUCGAUCAUAUAUUGAUAGUGAUAAGUUUCCAACAAUGAUACAACAUUAUAGACGAUACAAGGAAGAUGUUCAACAUUUGAAGAAUCUUGGAAUAAAUUCUUAUAGAAUGUCCAUCUCAUGGAGUAGAGUUUUGCCGAAUGGAACCAUAAAAGGAGGUGUAAAUCAAGAAGGUAUUGACUUCUACAACAAUUUGAUCAAUGAACUACUUGCAAAUGGCAUUACACCUUUUGUGACUUUCAUGCACUUUGACUAUCCUCUUGCCAUUCAGAAAAAUCUUGGUGGCUUUUUGAAUAGCUCCAUUGUAAAUUAUUACAAAGAUUAUUGUGAACUCCUUUUUAAAACAUAUGGAGAUCGAGUCAAGCAUUGGACCACAAUCAAUGAACCACAAGUUGUAGGUUUGUAUACUUACAUGCAUGGCUAUGAUAAUGAAGAUCCAGAACCAUGUCAAACUACCAAACUUUGCAAACAACCAUAUAUUAUAGUUCAUAACUUCAUCCUUUGCCAUGCUACUACAGUGAAGCUAUACAGAGAAAAAUUUCAAGCAACACAAAAGGGGGAAAUUGGAAUUGUUAUUGGAUCUGAAAGUUUUGUACCUUACAGUUCAAAAUCAAAAGAUGUAGUUGCUGCUAAAAGACUUAUGAAGUUUUUCAUAGGAUGGGUUUUACAUCCAGUUGUCUAUGGCGAUUAUCCAAAAAUCAUGAGAAAGUUAGUAGGGAAUAGGCUACCAAAUUUCACAAAAGAGGAGAAAAAAGUUGUCACGAAAAGUAUAGACUUUAUUGGGAUCAAUUAUUAUACUUCUCAUUUUGCUAAAUAUGAAACAAACAAAACAAAGAUGAAAGUUUUAGACAAUUAUGAUUCCUUAGCAAUAACAGAAGAUUUUAAUUCAGAAGGAAAAAUACUUGGUUAUUUGGAUAAGUAUGGUAAGAUUUUUGUCUACCCUGAAGGACUAUAUAAUGUCUUACAAUAUAUUAAGAGAAAGUAUCAAAAUCCUAAUAUCUACAUCACUGAGAAUGGUAUCGGCUCAUUUAACCUUACAAAUCCUUUAAAUGACACACAUCGAAUCAAAUAUUUAGCCACACAUUUAAACUAUACCAAGAUAGCAAUUGAAAAUGGAGUAAAAGUCCGUGGUUACUUUGUAUGGGCUGCAUUUGAUACAUUUGAAUUUCAAGCGGGCUAUUCUGAAAAUCGGGGACUUAUUCAUGUUGAUUUUAAAGAUUGUCUCAAGCGUCGACUUACAGCCUCUGGUAAAUGGUACACAAAAUUCUUAAAGCAUGUCAUUCAACACUAA